GUCUCUUAUGUGUGAAGAUUAAUAGCCACUUUCACAGAAGCCAUGAAUUGAUGUAAAUGUCACCACCUUGUAAAUAAGACAGCAUUGCUUUGCCCUGCUUCCUCAAAGCCAGGAGUUCAAGACAUAUGGUGGAGUCUUCCUGGUGAAGAUGUCAUCUCUAAGAAUGAAAGCCCAUUGUCUGGACAAAAGAGGAAGUUUCUUUAAGCUCAUUGACACAAUUGCCUCAGAAAUCGGAGAACUGAAACAGGAGAUGGUACAGACAGAUCUCACAGUGGAAGAUGAAUCAGCUGAUUUGCAAAGUCUAAUAAAGAACGUGGAUAAUGUCUCUGAGAAAAAUGAUGUAAAAAGCUGCCCCCGGGACUCCGGAUAUGACAGCCUAUCCAACAAGCUAAGCAUAUUGGACAAGCUCCUCCAUACUCACCCUGUGUGGCUGCAGCUUGGCCUGAAUGAUGCUGAAGCCGUGGAAAUUCUGCAGGCCCAACCUCCUGGGAUAUUUCUGGUUAGGAAAUCUGCAAGAUUGCAGAAGAAAGUCAUCUCUCUGCGUCUGUCCAGUGACUGUGGGCCUUGCCUAAAAGAAUUUGCAAUAAAAGAAAGCACAUACACGUUUUCCUUGGAGGGGUCUGGAAUAAGUUUUGCUGAUUUAUUCAGGCUGAUUGCUUUCUACUGUAUUAGCAGGGAUGUCCUUCCAUUCACCCUGAAGUUGCCUCAUGCUAUUGCUGCAGCAAAGACAGAAGCUGAACUUGAAGAGAUUGCUCAGCUUGGACUGAAAUUUUGGAGCUCCCUGGCUAACAGCAACCCCCUGGAUCCUACACCUCCCUGCAGGCCUGUGCCUUUGGACAGUGCUUGUAAAGGCUCGCGUCAGCUCUGCCUUAUAAAUGGAGUGCAUUCUAUACGAACCCGAACGCCUUCAGAGCUGGAGUGCAGCCAGACCAACGGAGCACUGUGUUUCAUUAAUCCCCUCUUCUUAAAAGUGCACAGCCAGGAUGUCAGUGGAAGUCUGAAGAGGCAGAGCCCAAGAACUCAAGACGUGAAUGGCACCGUGAGGCCUCGCUCUCCCCCACCCCGGCCGCCACCUCCUUCUAUUAAUAGCAUCCUCACGAGUCCGCAGCUUUCCAGGACUAUAAAGCAGGCAAGCAUGCCAGAAACGGUCAACCAUAAGAAAGAGAGAGGCUUGGAUUUACUGCAGAGUAAACCAACCCCUAUUCCACCGCCUCGGCUGAAGAAGCAGGCUGUCUGCUCAGAGGUAGGCAGCUCAAAGUCUGCAGCAGUGAUUCAGCCUGGCUGUGGCUCAGUGCCUGUGCCUGAAGCUGCUGGCAUCUCAGGUGAAACCCUGCCUGAGCUGUCUCCAGCAGCUGCCCCGAAGACAGUAGCUACCAGCUCUGAGUCACACAUCCCAUGGAAUGGAGGCAGGCAGAGGCUGAGCGACAUGAGCAUUUCCACCUCGUCGUCUGACUCGCUGGACUUCGAUCGGAGCAUGCCGCUGUUCGGCUAUGAUGGGGACACAAACAGCAGCCUGGAGGAUUUUGAGGGGGAAAGUGACCAAGAGAGCAUGGCACCCCCUCUGAAGCCCAAGAAAAAAAGAAACAGUUCGUUUGUUCUCCCCAAGAUUGUGAAAUCUCAGCUACGGAAAGUCAGUGGAGUUUUCAGUUCCUUCAUGACCCCUGAAAAGAGGAUGAUUAAGAAAAUUGCGGAGAUGUCCCAGGACAAACGCACUUAUUUUGGAUGCCUGGUGCAGGACUAUGUCAGCUUUCUGCAGGAAAACAAGGAGUGCCAUGUUUCAAGCACCGAUAUGCUGCAAACAAUUCGGCAGUUCAUGACCCAAGUCAAGAACUAUUUGUCCCAAAGUUCCGAACUUGAUCCCCCAAUCGAAUCGCUGAUUCCAGAGGACCAAAUAGAUGUUGUCCUGGAGAAGGCCAUGCAUAAGUGCAUUCUGAAGCCAUUGAAGAGCCAUAUUGAAGCAAUGUUGAAAGAGUUUCAUACAGCAGAUGGUUCUUGGAAACAGCUAAAGGAAAACCUGCAGUUGGUGCGGCAGAGGAAUCCUCAGGAACUGGGUGUGUUUGUUCCAACACCAGACUUUGUGGACAUUGAAAAGAUUAAAGUCAAGUUCAUGACCAUGCAGAAAAUGUAUUCACCUGAAAAAAAAGUCAUGCUGCUGCUGCGAGUUUGCAAAUUGAUUUACACUGUUAUGGAGAAUAACUCAGGAAGGCUGUAUGGAGCAGAUGAUUUCUUGCCUGUGUUGACAUAUGUACUAGCCCAGUGUGAUAUGCUGGAACUGGAUACUGAAAUUGAAUAUAUGAUGGAAUUGCUGGAUCCAUCUCUGCUGCAUGGAGAAGGAGGCUAUUAUUUGACAAGCGCUUAUGGAGCACUUUCACUGAUCAAGAACUUCCAGGAAGAACAAGCUGCCCAACUGCUAAGUUCAGAAGCCAGAGAUACUCUCCGGCAAUGGCACAAGAGGAGGACAACUAACAGGACGAUACCUUCAGUUGAUGAUUUUCAGAACUACCUUCGUGUUGCGUUCCAGGAAGUUAACAGUGGCUGUACAGGAAAGACCUUGCUAGUAAGACCAUACAUCACUACUGAAGAUGUAUGUCAGCUUUGUGCUGAAAAGUUUAAAGUGGACAAUCCAGAAGAAUACAGCCUAUUUCUUUUUGUUGACGACACCUGGCAGCAGCUGACAGAGGAUACCUACCCUCAGAAAAUUAAGGCAGAGUUGCACAGCCGUCCACAGCCCCAGGUCUUUCACUUUGUCUACAAGCGCAUUAACUGUGAUCCAUAUGGUGCCAUUUUCCAAAACAGUGAUGACUCAGCUUCUUAAAACCAGCAACUCAUCAUUUAAUUUCUGUUCCUUGUUAACUGUUGAAAACAUCUUUCUUGGCUGCCUUCCUUAGGACAUAAAACACGUCUAAAACCAUAAAUGCCUAGUAAAACACACGCAGACACUUGCAGCAUUGCUUACAAAACCCCAUGUAAACCAUGCAUAUGGCCAGUUAUGCAGAAUAUUCCACCAGCGUGUUUCAGUAAACAGCCCGUGAAGUUGAAUUUCUUGUACUGGACUCUUUUGAAACAUCUUAUACUGUGGCCCUUUGCAGGUCUUUUGCUGUAGUGUGCAAAAAUCUAUUUUCUUACACUCAUCCUUUAGCCAAAUGUCAUUUUGAUUUUAAAUAUAUGUAUGCUAGACAACUAUUUCAGUAAACUGGCUGGUAUGAUCUCAGUUUCACCAGCAUGAGAUUGACAAGACUGUCCGAUGCAGGGCAUCAGUUAACUCCUAAUUACCUGGAUGAUUGCAUCCUUUCCUAAGUUUUUAAUUACAGAAUCACCAUGGUUUUAUAUAUAUAUAUAUAUAUAUAUAUAUAUAUAUCAUAGAAAUUUUAUAGCAGUUGCAGGUAAACUGUCAGGGUUGGUUUUUGAAAUAUUUUUUUAACUAUAAAGUAUUCUAUAAUUAUGCAUGUGAUUUUAACAUUUAAUAUACAAGAAUAAAUCUCUUGCUGGUUUUAGAGUAUUGCAUUAAAAGUCUUGUGGUUUCUCAUCUUUUCCUGUAACAGGAGAGUUCUUACAAAACUCCUGUUAUCUGUAAGAAGAUUGUAACAUUGGCACUGGCAAUUUCAGUGCCUUUAUCUGAAUAUGAUGUAUUGUUAUCUGGACUAUUGUUUAUAUGCAUUGUUUUUAGACAGAACUGGGGUGUUGGAAGAGGAAAUUGAAAUAAAAGGUUAUAGAGAAGGGGCAGAGAAAGAAUGUAGAAAACAUGAUUUGUGAUUAAAAUGUGUUAGUCUGCUGGUUCAGGCUAAGUGAAGAAGGUUGGAACUUUUAUGUAAGUAGUAUUGUAGAUUUGCAAAUGGAUGUGACAACACCUAUCUCAGAUACUGUUUAUGUUAGCAGAGGAUUAAAUACAUCAUUAAGGUGAAGGACACCUCAACUGUUUUGUGUAGUCUGUCACCAACAUCAGAAUGUUUCUUGGACUGAAGAAUGUGUUGUAGCAUUUCAUGGUUCUAAGUUACUCAGUAGGUGAGAUGUGAAAGUAAGUCCUACAUAUGCAAAGAUAAAAUGUGUGUUCUGCACGUUCUAUAGAGCUUAGAUUUAUCUUGGAUAAAUCUACAGGUUUAUCCAAGAUAACCAAUGCCAUGGGUAAUGCUGUGGACCCUCAUCAUGUCAGUUAGCGCUACUCUUUAAAAAGACAUGGGGUUCUCCCCAAGUCUGCUGCGAGCAGUGUAACACAAGGCAAUGAUUACAAAAAUGUCACUAGCAGCAUGUGUAUUGUACAUAGGAAGAUGUGUAGCAUUUUUGUGAGUUUGCCAUAUAUCUGAAACUCUUUGACACGUUUGUAUAUCAUUUUGUAAAUGGUGAGUUUUGCACAUAAUACAUUGUAAUACUGAAUCAUCAUUUGGGAUGUUGUGUGCUGUGGUUUUUGGGGUGGGUUGGGGGGUGGGGUUUUUUUUGUUUCUUAAGAAAUGGUUUGUACUUGAAUAUUUUGUGUAUCAGUAGACUCUGCUGCUGCUGCGUUUUUAUACUGCUUAUCCCUCUUUAAAUUCUCUGGAAAGGAAGGAUGCAAUAACAUUAGUUAACAUGCUUGACCUGAACAGUCAGUAGAAGCAAGCAGGUGUUUAUCUUGACUGCCGAACCAUUUCUUCUGAAGUUAAGACUCACAGUAAGUGCUAAAGAAAAUUUUGCUGCUUUCAUAUGAUGGGAAGAACUCAAGCAGGGAGGCACAGUAUUAAGAAACUCAGAAUUAAGGCAUGAAAUGAAGGAAAAAGAGUGCAAAAAGGUAAAAUGCCUGCGCAAACCACCUCAGCAGAAUCCUCUUGUCUGUCUUGUGCAAUUGAUUCUUUUGAAAAUUGGACUAUUUUAUUCACUGUUGUGCAAACACUUCUCAUAAUGCCAGGAACCACAACAGAAAAACUUUGUACGGAAUUUGGACUUGUAAAAACAAGCUCUUUCAUUGCCUCCAGUGCAAAAUAUUUGAUGUUACAAAACACUGAAAUGCAUGAAAAAAACUUAA